CCCGCCGUGUUUAUUAGGGGAGGGAGGGCGGAGGCGGAGGCCAGUUCCCCGGUUCCAGCCGCCGUCGCCUGCGCCGUUCGCAGCCGCCGCCGCCGCCGCCGCCUCCCACCAGCUCGCCCGAGGCCGAGGGAAGGCGCGCGCGGUCUCUCCGGCGUCCCCGCCCCAGCCUCUCGCCGGAACCAUGAACCCUAACUGCGCCCGGUGCGGCAAGAUCGUGUACCCCACGGAGAAGGUGAACUGUCUGGAUAAGUUCUGGCAUAAAGCAUGCUUUCACUGCGAGACCUGCAAGAUGACCCUGAACAUGAAGAACUACAAGGGCUAUGAGAAGAAGCCCUACUGCAAUGCACACUACCCCAAGCAGUCCUUCACCAUGGUGGCCGACACUCCGGAAAACCUCCGCCUCAAGCAACAGAGCGAGCUGCAGAGUCAGGUGCGCUACAAGGAAGAAUUUGAGAAGAACAAGGGCAAAGGCUUCAGCGUGGUGGCAGACACACCCGAGCUGCAGAGGAUCAGGAAGACCCAGGACCAGAUCAGCAAUAUCAAAUACCAUGAGGAGUUUGAGAAGAGCCGCAUGGGGCCCAGCGGAGGUGACGGCGUGGAACCAGAGCGCCGGGAGCCCCAGGACAGCAGCAGCUACCGGAGGCCCCCGGAGCAGCAACAGCCUCAGCCUCACCACAUCCCGACCAGCGCCCCAGUUUACCAGCAACCCCAGCAGCAGGUGACUCCAUCCUACGGUGGCUACAAGGAGCCUGCAGCUCCUGUCUCCAUACAGCGCAGCGCGCCAGGUGGCAGCGGGAGACGGUACCGUGCGGUGUACGACUACUGCGCCGCCGACGAGGACGAGGUCUCCUUCCAGGACGGGGACACCAUCGUCAACGUCCAGCAGAUCGACGACGGCUGGAUGUACGGGACGGUGGAGCGCACCGGCGACACGGGGAUGCUGCCGGCCAACUACGUGGAGGCGAUCUGAGCCCCCCCCCGGGCCGCCCCACCCUCUGUCUUCAAUGCAUUCCAUGGCAUCACAUCUGUCCUGGGGUCUGACCCGUCCACCCUUCAGUGUCUCUGUCUUUUAAGAUCUUCGACCGCUUCUUUACCCCCCCCCCCCGCCCCGCCUCCGGCUUCUUUUGCCAAUCCGAGCCCUGUUCCGCCACUGUUAAUGGACCCCUUCCUCUGGCAGGGUUUUUCCCUUGGACCAAUCAACUGAUUGAUUUUUCUCUCUGGAAGGGCACUGGCUGGGCACCCUGGGGAGGGCAGGAUUGUUCUGAGGAGGAGAGGCUCACAGGGCUGGGCUGAGAGGAGAGACCCAGGAAGGAGAGAAGUCAGGCGGGGCGCAGUGGUGCACACCUUUGAUCCCAGCGCUUGGGAGGCAGAAGCGGGCCGAUCUCUGAGUUCGAGGCCAGCCUGGUCUACAGAGUGAGUUUCAGGACAGCCAGAACUACGUCGGGAGACCCUGUCUCUGGGGAGGGGAGGGGGUUGGUCAGCUCUCAGCCUCACUUCCUGCCUUAGGCCCUUCAGCAUGCCUGGCCCAGCUCCCCAGACACUCUUCAUCCCAGAGCUGGGUUGAGCCCCAUACUCCCCAUACCUCCAGGUGGGGCUUCACACAUUCCCAGGGGGGUGGGUAUUGAGGCCUCAGUUAUCUAAGGACCAGUGUGACGGGCUGAAUCCCUGCCCCUGUGUGGAACCCCUCACACAUUGAGUGUGCCGACCUGCUCUUACCUUUGUCCUGGAGGCAGCAGCAGGAAGGAGGGAAAUGGGUAUUCCAUCCAGACCUGUUUGCCUCCCGCCUCCCCCCGGCCUGCAGGGACUCUCUUUAUCUCCCUAGUUGGGCGCCUGCUGCGAAGGGUAGAGCAAGGGAUGCCUUUGGGACUUGAGUUAACUGAGGUGUUUCUUCCUGCUCCCCUGGGAAGAGGUCUCCUUUGGCCUUCCCUGCCCAGAACAAGGCUUAAUGAGCUUGGAGCUCUGCAGAGCCAGAGGAUGAAAACAGUGCUCCAGAGGAUGAAAACAGUGCUCAGGAGCCCCGCUGUCGUUUUACUCACUCACUUUGGAGGAGGGGGAAGUCUGAGUUAGAUACGUGCUUUCCUGGUUUUUUGUGUUUGUCUGAGGCUACAGAGUAUGGUACCAGGAGGACCAAAUCACCCACACUGGCACCUCCCUCGAGGCUCUCCUGUCCCUGGAGAGAGUCCAGGGCUCCAAAGCCGGCAGCACCGUCCCUGGGCUGGAGCUACACUCAGGUUCCUUCUUUGCCCUGGGGUCUAGGACAGUCCCCGGCACGGCUUCAUUCAUCUCUGGGUUUUCCUGCCAGCCCUCCUGGCUUCCCUGACUCUCAUCUCCAUCUGAGUCUGACGAAGGCAUCGGUCGGGUCAGCAACGUGGUUAUCACGAGGGCUUGCUAGAGUAACCAUCUUCCUGCCUGGUCAAUCUCUUUACCUCUGACCCCAGCCUGGGUAAAGGCGAGAAGGGGUGUCCUCAUUGGGCAGUAUGGGGAGAAACUUGCCGAAGCAUCUCAGGAGCCCCCAGGGAGGCGCCAGUCCAUUCCAUUUCCUCUUGAUCUCAAAGCACAAUGUGGUCCUGGGGGCCAGAGGUCAGGGACACUUGCUCUUGGAGGGCCUGUGUUCGGGAGGUGCCACGAGCCUCCUGGUUCCACUCAGCCAAACCUCCCUUCCCAACAUCUCAAGCCAGCUGCUCUUCUACUGCCCUAGAAAUGGGGGAAACUUUCACACACCCGCAGAGGGGAGAGGGACUAUCAAAGGUGCUGAGGGCCCCAGGGCUGCUGGAGUCCAUAAACAUUCCCAGAAGCAUCUACCCUUAGAAGGGCACAGAAGCCCCAAGCCCUUGGGCUUUUCCUCAGUGAAGGUCUUUCAGUCAAUCAAAACCCAGGAGAGAAGGCACCUUGGCUAGACUGUGAACUUCACUUUUGUGGACCAAUCCUGUAAUGCAAGGAGCCCCAUGGUGAGGGACAUGCAUUCUCCCCACACUGCUUCCUGUUUUCCCUCCUCGUGUCCCUCCAGGGAACAUUUUAUUUCCUAAUAGCUGGACACAAGACAAAAAGUUCCACCCCACAAAGCCUGUAUUUAAAAAGAAACAGAAGUGUCCCUGUGAAGUUUGCCUCUGUCCAACAUUUCAUCUGUGUGUGAGUAAGAGCGUGUGUGUGUGUGUGUGUGUGUGUGUGUGUGUGUGUGUCCGCCCACUCAUCUUUUAUAUGGGGUUGUCGUCUUUCUUUGGUCUGUUGGGUCCUCUCCCUCCCGGUCUUGUGCUGGGGAUCAGUUCUUUCUGGCCUGUUAUGAUUCUCAACAUUGACUUGAACCACAAAGUGAAUCUUUAUCCUGGUGACUCAAAUAAAAGUAUAAUUUUUACCUGCA